AUGACUGAUCUUAAAGUCUGGGUAGACGGUGUACCGCGAGUUGUACGUGGAGCGCACGAGGAUACAACAUGUGAAAAUGUUUUGUUCGCUCUAGCGAGCGCCACGGGCAAGCUAGGAAGAUUUGCCUUGGUCGAAAAAUGGCGAGAUCUCGAAAGGAUUUUGCCGCGAGAGGCGAAACCGCUCAAGUGCUUGCAGAUGUGGGGAAAGCAAGCGGGCGAAGUCAAGUUUAUUUUGAAGUUAAUGAAAGAUAAAUCAACAACAAAGGAGAGUAAAGUAGGUACUGAAGAACACACGGAGGAUGAAGAGAAUUUAACGAGUUACCCUUUCCAUCGCUCUUUCGAACGGAAGACUUUGGAGAGAGUCGUCGCUAAUCAGACGAAUAAAUUGAAACGUCUUACGCGCGACCUGGAAAUUAUUCAGUUGCGAAUUGACUGUGGUGUCGACGACGAAGAAAAUUAUCUUUACUUCACCGAAGAGGAAAUCACCGAGGAUCGUAUCACUAAACUCGGACAGGUUCUAAAAUUGCAAGCUAAGGAAUUAUCCAUGGAAGAAAUUUGUGCAAACGAACUUGCGAAAGAACGAACACGGGAGCAAAAACUUCAGUUCGAACUUGAAGAUCAUCGAAAUAAACUUCACCACUUCGAUGUUCACAUCUCCGAUUUAGAAAGCGUCGGUACUAAAAUUUAUUCUAUGCGAACUCCACACGACACUAAAAUCGACAGUAGUUCCUCGCGUGUCGACGAGAGUGAUCUGGAAGAACUUGCUCAAGAAAUAUCCAUAACAAGAGAAGAGCUGUCAAAGCAAAGGGAACUCGCCGAGCGACAGAGCGAGGAAGUCGAAAACAUUAAAAAGUCUUUCACGGAAUUAGAACAGAUCGCGCGCCAAAAAAAUCUUCAACUCGACUCGCUGAAAGGUGAUUCAUUAUCAGAAAGUCGCUUAUCUUAUUACGAUUUGGACAAAAAUCUACAAUUAGACACCGCAAAAGACAUUCCUUUGAACGGCGUGAGUGAUAUGCUAUUAUCGCCUGAUAAAACCAAAUUAACUGGACCAGUGGCUUCUCAAACGCCAUCCCGAAAUGGGACGCAGAAAGACGAUUCAUCACUAAGAGCUGUUUCCUCUCGUAAAUCUCCUGUCCGACAGAAAAUUGGGGUAUUUAAUAGCGCCGAUGAACCAGGAGUUUUCGUCUAG